AACAUAGCCACAUCCGCCGGUACGUCUGCCACCAGGUUCUAGUUCUAACAAACCACUCGCACACAGGUAACAUAGAGCCCGAGACAACAAACUACCUAGUCGCAUGGUAUUAUGCCUACCUUGCCAGUACAUACCCUCGUACAACUCUGACAUACGCACUCAAAAUCAUGCAUACCCUAUCGCAGGCGUACCCGCCCCGGCCGGAGCCUAUCUAAUGCUUAUGCCGUUAGUGUACACAUUCGUCUUUGGACCUUACGAACGUAUUGGCGUGCACCAGAAUACGGUGGUGAUGUUCGCUUUCUUGGCCGUGGGGUGUCUCAUGAUCAGCUCUCUGCGCAUGUUCUCGUCAAAGAUGUUGAUCAAGGGACCUAUCAAGGCCAGAGACCCACACACAUCUCACCUGCGCUCACGCAGUGUAUGGACGUUUCUGCUGAAGGUCAUCGCCGUAGUGGGCGCUGUGUACGUGUUUGUGGAGUAUCCGUGGAUUGUCAGCUUGGCAAUUGGCCUGAUUUAUGCGUUGUCGCUGCCUCUUGGCCCUGUGGCGUACCGAUACUUUUUGACGGACACGCAUCUCAACAAGACACAAUAAAUAUUAGGAAAAGUGUAUAUAGAGCUUGAUGUAUUGUUUAUACCACCUACAAUAAAGAUAUUUGAUGGUCAC